AUGGAACCCUAUGCAUACCCUGCCGAAGGGUUGGAUGAGAUGGCAGAAAAGUUGAACCGAUUAAGCACAGCGGACUCGCGGCAUGGUGACUCGGCCCCAUUGCUCGACGGACAAUCCUAUACCGCCUACGAUCCCCGACUACGACCCCCGUCGAGCGGCUACCCGCUGCCACCGACUCCCGAGUCGCAAUGGAGUCCCACCGAUGACCUUUUCCGAGUCCCGAAUUAUGAGCUUGGCCAGCGGCACGCUGCCGCAUUGCCGCUGCAGCGUCCGGUGUCGAGGAGCAAGUCGUCACUUUUCCGAAAAGACUCGCAUACAUCGGACCGAAGGCCCUCGAGAGGCUCGUCCGCCGGUUUUAGCCUGUACCCCGCAGCCCGUCCACCACCGCCGAAGCAGCCGCUGCCCGCGCUUCCCUCCAACAAAUCUGCACGCCGCAUCUCAUCCCAGGGCUCCUUUGACAGCAGCUCAGUCGCAUCGGGCGAGACUUCGAGAUACUCGGAUUCCACCAGGGGUUGUGGGCUCGAGCGAGUGUCCACGAACGGAACACCAACGUCUCCACACACCAAUGCGCAUUUCGUGGCUGUCCCUCCCGUGCCCGAGGAAUAUCGGACACGGCAGGAAUCACAAUCCACGGCUGUGACUGUUGUGCCCUGGAAAUCUCUCACACACCAGGAAAAGGCCCCCAAGGAUCCAUCCGUCUACUUCUUUGACAUUUCAACAACGUCUGCCACCCUGGCCAGCAAACAUGGCAACAACAUCAUCAAGGUGUGGUCUGUCGGCUCAGGCGAGGUCCAGAGCCAGAUCAAAAUCUCUUGCUACACAACCGCCCAGCCUCGGUCGCGCGAGUAUUUCGUUCGUAGCCAUGCCAUUCUUUCCGAGCCCUCCAACAUGAUAGCCAUUGCCACCGGCUUCGGUGACUCGCUCGAGAUUUGGGACUGGGGCAAGAAGAAGAAGCUGCAGUCCAUGGACAAGGCAGACCGUUGGGCCGCCGUUCGUUCCAACGUUAUGGAAGCCGGAUGGUGCCCCCUUGUCACCUACAGAGGAGACAACGACACCAUCGAGCUGUGGGAAGCGACAUACUCCAAGAAGCCAUUCAAGAAGACGCGCGUGAUUGAGCUCGCCAGGGCGGGUCUCCCGGUGUUGCCAAAGUAUCCUGAACUCGCCUUCUCCGCCACUGGACCCCUCCUGAUCACCGCCUCCGGGCCUCGGCCACCCAGACUAGGGCACCCUCCUCCCGAGAGAGAGACGCUCCUCAUAGCCUGGGAGAUCCACAACGGCGCCGAAAUGACAACACCGUACAAGGUCGUGGCACCAUGGCAGCAUGCCGAGCUGGACACCGCCCUCCCAUCUGGUCUCGCCACCUACGGUUCAGUUGCCGUAUCAAUCUGGAUCCCCGCCUCCUACCGUGCCAUCCCCGUCCCGGCCGCGAGAGGCGGCAACGGGUACAACCUCGCCCCCGCCUCGGUCCCCUUCCGGUAUGUCCUUGUAUGGGACUUUUCUGCGUCAUCCACGAAGACCUUCCGCAUCCCCAACGCCAUGUCGUGCGUCAGCCCGGAUUGCAGAUUUAUCGCCUACUGUGACUCUAGGGGGGUUGACUCGGGAGCGAGAGGAUGCUUGGCGGUGCUGGAUGCCAUGACGGGGAAGCAGCUGUGGUGCUGGCCGGACCCGGAUGCCACUGCUGCGGACGUUGAUAUGAUGGCUGGGUUCAGCCAGUUGGCGAAUUUGAGCAAGGUGACGGAGAUGUGCUUUUCUGCCGAUGGCGGCUUCUUGUUCAUUGGGGACAGCGAGGGCGGCACGGGGGUUUUUGAGGUGAGGGAGGGCGGAAAGGGGAUUAGCAUGAGGCCUGUCUAG